GUUCAAGUGUACUUGUUUCGCGGCAGGUCGGCGUGGGUCCGGAACUGGGCCAUGUGGCGAGCCUUCUGCGCCUACUUCCCCAUCACGCUGGUCAAGACGGCCGAGCUGGACGCGACGCGCAACUACCUGCUGUGCUGCUACCCUCACGGCAUCAUCUCGACGGGGGCCUUCGGGGCCUUCGGCACAGAGUUCGCGGGGGUGCGCGACGUGUUUCCGGGCAUGGAGCCCGUGCUCGUGACCCUCCCCCAGCACUUCUCCUCGCCGCUCGUCCGGGACCUCGCCCUGUGUCUAGGGACCGUCUCCUCGUCGCUGACCAGCAUCGUGAACGUGCUGCGGAACCCCCUCGGCGGCCGCAUGGCGGUGCUGAUGGUCGGGGGCGCCGCCGAGUCGCUGCUCUCGAGGCCCAACAAGUACCACGUCAUCCUCAGGCGGCGCAAGGGCUUCUGCCGCAUAGCGCUGCAAGAGGGCGUGCCUCUGGUGCCGGUGUUCGCGUUCGGCGAGAACAAGCUGUACGACCGGGUGGCCAACCCCCGGGGUUCGGGACUGUACCGCAUUCAGGAGUUUCUGCGGAGUAAGAUCGGGUUGGCGCCUGUUCUGCCCAUCGGGCGCGGACUGUUCCAAUACUCGUUCGGCCUCGCCCCCCGCAGAUUGCCCGUCACUGUCGUCGUCGGAGCACCCAUCACGGUGGAACGAGUGGCCGAACCCACCGACGAGCAAAUUACUGAACUCAACAAGAAGUUUGAAGACGCACUGGUCAAACUCUUCGAAACGCACAAGGAAACAUGCCACCCUGGAGAAAACAUGGAGCUCGUCGUAGAAUAAAUAACUUGUUAACCGAUUGUUUAAGAACCACUUUUAACGUUAAUGUUUGUUGAAUUUUCAAUAUAUUUUUUAAUGAGUUUUGAA